GGCCGGUUCCUGGGGCGGCACGUGUGGAGCGGCGUAAAGACGCGGCUGAGCUAGUUGUUGGAGGCGCUGGGGAGGUCACGAGUCCGUUCCGUCCGGCUAGGAGAGUGCGGUCGCCGCUCUUUGGGGUGAGCGCCGCGCGGCUGCAGGCAUGCCUCACAGGAAGAAAAAGCCCUUUAUAGAGAAGAAGAAAGCUGUGUCUUUUCACCUGGUCCACCGGAGCCAACGAGAUCCUUUAGCAGCAGAUGAGACUGCACCCCAGAGGGUUCUGUUGCCUACACAGAAAAUAAAAGAUGAAGAAAGGCGAGCAGAACAGAGGAAGUAUGGAGUGUUCUUUGAUGAUGACUAUGACUACCUGCAGCACCUGAAGGAACCAUCUGGGCCCUCAGAGCUUAUUCCCACAAGUACCUUCGAUGCACCUUACAGGGGAGAUGAGAAAGGGGAACCUUUAGUAACUUCGACCACUGCAAUUAAAUUGCCUUCCUCAGUGUUUGCAUCAGAGUUUGAAGAAGAUAUUGGACUGUUAAAUAAAGCAGCUCCAGUUUCAGGACCUCGGCUGGAGUUUGAUCCUGACAUUGUCGCGGCUCUUGAUGAUGAUUUUGAUUUUGAUAAUCCAGAUAAUCUACUUGAAGAUGAUUUUAUAUUUCAGGCCAAUAAGCCAACAGAAGACAAAGAGGGAAUGGAGAUACAGAAAUCUGAGGCUGAAGAUGACAGUGAGUGGGAAGAUGUGGAUGAUGAGAAGGAAGGAGGUAGUGAUGACGACAAAUAUGACCCUGCAGACUCAUCAGAUGAGGAUAUGUCUGCCCCUGGAAAACCUCUUGGGGCUGUAGAAAAUCACUUGUUCUGGGAAGAGGAAACGAAAAGUCGCUUUACUGAGUAUUCUUUGACAUCCUCAGUCAUGAGGAGAAAUGAACAACUGACCCUACAUGAUGAGAGAUUUGAGAAGUUUUAUGAACAAUAUGAUGAUGAUGAAGUUGGAGCUCUGGAUAAUGCUGAAUUGGAAGGUUCCAUUCAAGUAGACAGCAAUCGCUUAGAAGAAGUUUUGAAUGACUACUAUAGAGAGAAAGCAGAGAAUUGUGUAAAACUGAAUACUCUUGAACCCUUCGAGGAUCAGGACCUGCCAGUGAAUGAGCUCGAUGGGUCUGAGGAGGAGGAAGUUGUUACUGUAGUUCUUGAAGAAGCCAAAGAGAAGUGGGAUUGUGAAUCUAUUUGUAGUACAUACUCGAAUUUAUAUAACCAUCCACAACUUAUCGAGUAUCAUCCAGAGCGCAAACAAAUCCGACUAUCUUCUAAAACAGGAAUACCUCUCAAUGUCUUACCUAAGAAAGGACUCACAGCGAAGCAAGUUGAACGGAUGCAGAUGAUUAAUGACAGUGAUCUGCCUAAGGUGUCAACCCAACCACGGUCUAAAAAUGAAAGCAAGGAAGAUAAAAGAGCAAGAAAGCAAGCUAUAAAAGAAGAGCGCAAGGAACGGAGAGUGGAGAAGAAAGCUAACAAAUUAGCCUUCAAGCUGGAGAAAAGAAGGCAGGAAAAAGAGCUGCUGAACUUGAAGAAGAAUGUUGAGGGUCUAAAGCUAUGACAGUGGAACAUUUAAGAUCAGGUGCAUUCCCCAUUUGGGCUCCUUGUUAUGUACAAUAAUGAAUGAGGAUCUUCGAAGAGAUAAAACUGUUUGAUCUGCCAUUUUUACUGGCAAGUAUUCAAAAGAAAACAGUACCAUAUUUGUAUUUAUACCAGCAAGUUUUCUCUGCCAACUGUCUUGUAAAUAUUGUAAUAUUUUAAAAUUUAGUAUUAUAGGCUUAAAUUUGCUUAAAUAAAUGACUUCAUGAACAUGAAAUGUUUGGAUAAAUUAAAGUGUUUUCAUAACUUAAA